AUGCCUUCUCUUCCUCCAGGCUCAAGACGUGAGAAGUUGGAAGACUACUCCAAGACAUGGGCUGGGGUUUCCUGGGAAGAGAGAAAAAUCAAGUCUUUGGAUGGAACGAAACUCUCUGUGGCCAUUGCACGUCCUGAAAGCUCACCUACAGUGACGCAAGACAAGCGCAAACAUGUCGUUGUGCUCUACUUCCAGGGUAACGGCUCUUCGAUUCCACCUCGGACACUAAUGCUUGCAAACAUCCUGAGAGCUGCAGCAAAAGACUCUCCACACGAAUGGACCUUGCUCGCACUGUCUUACCGUGGUUACUGGACCUCCUCUGGGCGUGCUCACCAAAGAGGCAUUGAGAAAGAUGCACAAGCUUUUGUGAACUGGGCAAUCGAGAAUUAUGGCCAGAAUCGUGAGAACACCGAAUUUAUCCUCUGGGGCCAGAGCAUUGGAUCAGGAGUUGCUGCGUACGCCGCAUCAAAAUAUCUCAAAUUAGAAAAGACCACUGGUGCCGCUCGGAUAUCCCGACUCGUGCUAGAGACUCCNUUUGUAAGCAUCAGGAGUAUGCUCGCAGCCAUCUACCCGGACUGGUGGGUACCAUACAAACAUCUCUGGCCAUUUCUCCGGAGCUGGUGGGAUAGUGAAGAUGCUUUGCGCAAAAUUGCCGAAUCAUCUCACCCGCCCAAAAUCUUGAUGGUCGUCGCUUCUGGUGAUGAGAUUGUCCCUCGAGUUCAGGCCGACCAAUUGGAGACUCUUUGUAAAGACCUACGGCUAGAUGUCAUCAGGAGAGAUGUUCUGGGUGCUUUGCACACUCAAGCAAGUACUCUGGAUCAGGGCAACAGAGUCAUCUCAGACUGGAUGGCAGAUCGCAAUAUCAACCAAUGA